AUGCGGUCAACUCUCAACACAGCCCUUUGGCUCGCUUUUGCGACUUCUCUCAGCUCAGCGACGCCUCAUUAUGGCACUGCCAAAACUCAACUCAAGCAUUGGCCCGCCGAAGCCGCAACAGCACUCAACCGCAUGAUCGCGCGCAACGCAAACCAGAGCAACUACGCAUGCUUCGACAUGGACAACACAAGUUACCGCUACGACAUUGAAGAGUCUCUCAUCCCCUUCCUCGACAACCGCGGCAUCCUAACGCGCGAAAAGCUGGACCCGAGCCUAAAACUAAUCCCCUUCAAAGACACCGCAAACGUCACGGAAUCAAUGUACAGCUACUACAACCGGCUCUGCGAAAUCGACAACUUCAUAUGCUACCCAUGGGCAGCUCAAGCCUUCUCGGGCUUCACCCUGCGCGAGCUCAAAGGCUGGGUCGACGAACUAAUGGCCCUCAACACCACGAUCCCAACCGCCUACUGGGACAACGACACCCUCGUCAGCACAUCAAUCAACCCCCCACGUAUCUUCCGCGGACAAGUCGAACUCUACAACGCACUUAUGGAAAACGGAAUCGACGUCUACGUUAUCAGCGCUUCUCAUGAGGAACUCGUUCGCAUGGUCGCCAGCGACCCGAAAUACGGGUACAACGUACCGCCGCAGAACGUCAUCGGCGUCACUACGAUGCUAAAAAAUGCGACCUCAGGCGCCCUUACAAAUGCCCGCAAACAAAUUGCCGAUGACUCUUACGAUCAAACCGCUAACCUGGAUCUCGUCGUCACCCCGUAUCUGUGGACGCCGGCGACGUGGUAUGCGGGUAAGUGGGCGGCUAUUUUAACGUAUAUUUCCGAGUGGAAGAGGCCCAUACUGGUGGGCGGUGAUACACCGGGGAGUGAUACGUAUAUGCAGUUUCAUGGGGUGGAUGUGGGGAAGGGCGGGGUGCAUCUUUGGAUUAACAGGACGGCAGCUGUAUAUGAGAAGUUAGAGAAGGAGAUUAAGGAGAAUGCGGAGGAGCAGAGGGCUAAUGGGAGAGAGGUUACUGCUGAUAAAAAUUGGGUUGUUGUUAAGCCGGAGGAGAUUUUGUAG